AUGUAUGUGGGUGACAGGAUCCUCAAUGCCGAUGUAGAAGGCGAUGCGGAGUGGCUAGAUGUCCUUCUCCUGGUGGUAAUUAAGGAUGCGUUCGGUAAAGGGCCCAAGUCGUCGCUUUGCCCAGAGGGGUUGGUGGUUGCAUUGUUGUUCGCUCUCCAGAUGUUGUACCUUCUCGAAGAGGAGCUUCAUGGCCGGGUCGGUAUGAGGGAGGGGUUCGGGUCUUGGAGAUUAACGGGGAUAGGAAUAGGGUCUGGCUGA